CUCAUGCGAUGCCUUUGGACUUUUUGCCCUGGCCUUUCACAUGCUUUAUUCAUCAGUCCUGCAAAGUUAAGUGCGCUGAUCCCCAAAGUUCUGGACUUUGGGUACUAGAAGCACACACACUACAUCUUUUCAGCAGAGCAUCAUCUUGUUUUAUUCUGCUUAUUUUCUUGAUGAAUGUAGGGUUCCUUACCAGGGCCCAAAUGUUUUAGGUCUGGUCUGCUAUUUCAGCCAUUUCUUGCUAAAGCUGUGGAGCACUGUGUGUGUGUUUGUGUGUGUGUGUGUGUAAGUUAUCCCUGACUUAUUAAAUUUCUUCCAGUGUGUGCAUCCUAGCAGAAGAUACCCCAGCAGGCCUUGUGCAAUGCUGCUGCUUCACUUCACAUCAUGAAUAUUCAGAGGCUGCAGUCAUUGAGGACUCAGGUGGCAAAAAUAGUAAGGUGAUUGAAGCAAAUCCUGACGUGAAAGACAAUCUAUGUUGGCUUCUGUGACUCAGAAACCCUGAUGACAGCCCAGACCAGACCCCCAUUCUCUGAGCCUCAGACCACACGAGAGGAGAGUCCUGGGGACUCCUGUGAAUUGGGCAUCUGUUCCAUACACCAACAUGCUCACGUCCUUCUGUAUGAUGUGUUGUAAUCAGCAUGCUGUUUUUAAAAGACAACAGGCCCUUCUGUAGUCCUCUCCCACAAAAUGCAUUUAGGCUGAUAGUUCAGCAUAAAGCCCAUGCUGUGGACACCAGCAAUGCAUGCAUUGUUUUCCUUGUAACACAGUCAGGCUCUCCAUAGCAGAAUUUAGUGUAUUUUGUGAAAUCUUAUUUUAUACAUUUUGUCACCAUCAGCAGUUCAGCUAAAGUAGGAACCGCUCCAUUCUGUUGCGGGUUAAAUCAUGCUCUGUGCAGACCUAGUGGUGAUGCAUAAAUUGCAGCCCUGUCUUUUUUUUGAAGGAUUCUAAAAUAGGUCUUCAGAAUUAGUGCUGGAUUUUUGCUCCUGCAUGUGUGGUGACUCUCGAUUUUUUUUCCUCCGGAGAAGCAUCCUUUGCAGCAUUCCCCCUUCUGAGGAAUCACUUAGACACUUCCAGCUGGUGGCCGGGGAUACAGCCAUAAUACAGCCUCCUCUGUCCCAGCUGCCUUUUUCACUACGGUAAAUGCAUUACAAUGGCUGCACUCUUGUGUAAAGGUCCAGGUAGAGGAAGGUGUAGGAUGAAGUCUGGAAACCAUCAUCUGGGUUUUUAAAAGCUUCAGCUUCGACAGCAUCUUUGCAUUUUGAAUGUCUUCCUGCUUCUAGUCAAAGGUUUCUCUCCAGUGAUUGGAAUGCUGCUGUAAGCCUGAUUAGAGGUGCCUGAGGAUAUCACCUUUUACCAGGAAGCCCUGCGUGCUUGAGAGGAUCUUUUUCAAUGCAUUAUGGCUCAUGCAGCUUCCCAAUUAAAGAAAAACAGGGAUUUAGAAAUCAAUGCUGAAGAAGAGACUGAGAAAAAAAGGAAACACCGCAAACGGUCCCGGGAUCGGAAGAAAAAGUCUGAUGCCAAUGCAAGUUACUUAAGAGCAGCUCGAGCGGGACAUCUGGAAAAGGCCCUUGACUACAUCAAAAAUGGCGUUGACAUCAACAUUUGCAAUCAGAAUGGGCUGAAUGCACUCCAUCUUGCUUCCAAAGAAGGCCACGUCGAAGUUGUUUCUGAACUACUACAGAGAGAAGCUAAUGUGGAUGCAGCUACAAAGAAAGGAAACACAGCAUUGCAUAUAGCAUCUUUGGCUGGGCAAGCAGAGGUGGUCAAGGUCUUGGUUACAAAUGGAGCCAAUGUCAAUGCACAAUCUCAGAAUGGUUUCACACCGUUGUAUAUGGCAGCCCAGGAAAACCACCUGGAAGUCGUCAAGUUCCUUCUCGACAAUGGAGCGAGCCAGAGCCUGGCCACGGAGGAUGGCUUCACACCAUUGGCAGUAGCUUUGCAGCAAGGUCACGAUCAAGUGGUUUCCCUCCUGCUAGAAAAUGACACUAAAGGAAAAGUGCGUCUUCCAGCUCUUCAUAUCGCCGCCCGAAAGGAUGACACGAAAGCUGCUGCCCUCCUGCUGCAGAAUGACAACAACGCAGACGUGGAAUCCAAGAUGGUGGUGAAUAGAACAACAGAGAGUGGCUUCACUCCGCUCCACAUAGCUGCUCACUAUGGAAAUAUCAAUGUAGCCACGUUGCUGUUGAACCGAGCGGCUGCUGUGGACUUCACUGCAAGGAAUGACAUCACUCCUUUACAUGUUGCAUCAAAAAGAGGAAAUGCCAAUAUGGUAAAACUACUGCUUGAUCGAGGAGCUAAAAUUGAUGCCAAAACGAGGGACGGCCUGACGCCGCUGCACUGUGGAGCCCGGAGUGGCCAUGAGCAGGUGGUGGAAAUGCUGCUCGAUCGAGCCGCCCCCAUUCUUUCAAAAACCAAGAAUGGAUUGUCUCCAUUGCACAUGGCCACCCAAGGGGAUCACUUAAACUGUGUCCAGCUUCUCCUACAGCAUAACGUGCCUGUGGACGACGUCACCAAUGACUACCUGACCGCCCUGCACGUGGCUGCCCACUGCGGCCAUUACAAAGUCGCCAAGGUUCUCUUGGACAAGAAGGCUAACCCCAAUGCCAAAGCCCUGAAUGGCUUUACCCCUCUUCAUAUUGCCUGCAAGAAGAAUCGAAUUAAAGUAAUGGAACUCCUUCUGAAACACGGUGCAUCCAUCCAAGCUGUAACCGAGUCGGGCCUUACUCCAAUCCAUGUUGCUGCCUUCAUGGGGCAUGUAAAUAUCGUAUCGCAGCUAAUGCAUCAUGGAGCCUCACCAAACACCACCAACGUGAGAGGAGAAACGGCCCUGCACAUGGCUGCUCGGUCUGGCCAAGCCGAAGUCGUGCGGUAUCUGGUGCAAGACGGAGCGCAGGUAGAAGCUAAAGCUAAGGAUGACCAAACCCCACUGCACAUUUCUGCCCGCCUGGGGAAGGCAGAUAUAGUACAGCAGCUGUUGCAGCAAGGAGCAUCUCCAAAUGCAGCCACGACUUCUGGGUACACCCCACUCCACCUGGCAGCCCGAGAAGGGCAUGAGGACGUAGCCGCAUUCCUUUUGGAUCACGGCGCAUCUUUAUCUAUAACAACAAAGAAAGGAUUUACUCCCCUUCAUGUGGCAGCAAAGUAUGGGAAGCUAGAAGUAGCCAAUCUCCUGCUGCAGAAGAGUGCGUCUCCAGAUGCUGCUGGGAAGAGCGGGCUAACUCCACUGCAUGUAGCUGCACAUUACGAUAAUCAGAAGGUGGCCCUUCUGCUUUUGGACCAAGGAGCCUCACCUCACGCAGCUGCAAAGAAUGGUUAUACGCCACUGCACAUCGCUGCCAAAAAGAACCAGAUGGACAUAGCGACAACUCUGCUGGAAUAUGGUGCUGAUGCAAAUGCAGUUACCCGGCAAGGAAUUGCUUCUGUCCAUCUGGCAGCUCAGGAAGGACACGUGGACAUGGUGUCACUGCUCCUCAGCAGAAAUGCCAACGUGAAUCUGAGCAAUAAGAAUGGCCUGACUCCGCUCCAUUUGGCUGCUCAAGAAGACAGAGUGAAUGUGGCUGAAGUCCUCGUGAACCAAGGGGCCCACGUGGAUGCCCAGACAAAGAUGGGAUACACACCACUGCAUGUGGGUUGCCACUAUGGAAACAUCAAGAUUGUUAACUUCCUACUCCAGCAUUCUGCAAAAGUCAAUGCCAAAACAAAGAACGGGUAUACGCCAUUACAUCAAGCAGCUCAACAAGGACACACACAUAUAAUCAAUGUCUUGCUUCAGAACAAUGCCUCCCCCAAUGAACUCACUGUGAAUGGGAACACUGCCCUGGCCAUUGCCCGGAGGCUCGGCUACAUCUCGGUGGUCGACACGCUGAAGGUCGUGACUGAAGAGACCAUUACCACAACGACUGUCACAGAGAAGCACAAAAUGAAUGUUCCAGAAACAAUGAAUGAAGUUCUUGACAUGUCUGAUGAUGAAGGUGAAGAUGCGAUGACAGGGGACACGGACAAGUAUCUGGGGCCCCAGGACCUUAAGGAACUGGGCGAUGACUCUCUGCCUGCCGAAGGCUACAUGGGCUUUAGUCUCGGGGCCCGUUCUGCCAGCCUCCGCUCCUUCAGUUCGGAUAGGUCCUACACCUUGAACAGAAGCUCCUAUGCCCGGGACAGCAUGAUGAUCGAAGAACUCCUUGUGCCAUCCAAAGAGCAGCAUCUAACAUUCACUAGAGAAUUUGAUUCAGAUUCUCUUAGACACUAUAGCUGGGCUGCAGACACCUUGGACAAUGUCAAUCUUGUCUCAAGUCCUGUUCAUUCUGGGUUUCUGGUGAGCUUUAUGGUAGAUGCAAGAGGCGGCUCCAUGAGAGGAAGCCGUCACCAUGGGAUGAGAAUCAUCAUUCCUCCACGCAAGUGUACGGCACCCACCCGCAUCACCUGCCGUUUGGUAAAGAGACAUAAACUGGCCAACCCACCCCCCAUGGUGGAAGGAGAGGGAUUAGCCAGUAGGCUGGUAGAAAUGGGUCCUGCAGGGGCACAAUUUUUAGGUAAACUGCAUCUUCCUACCAAUCCUCCCCCUGUAAAUGAGGGUGAGAGCUUGGUUAGCCGAAUCCUGCAGCUUGGGCCUCAAGGAACAAAAUUUAUUGGCCCUGUCAUAGUGGAAAUACCUCACUUUGGUUCUAUGAGAGGGAAAGAGAGAGAACUCAUUGUUCUUCGAAGCGAAAAUGGAGAAACAUGGAAGGAGCAUCAGUUUGACAGUAAAAAUGAAGAUCUAACUGAAUUACUAAACGGCAUGGAUGAAGAACUUGAUAGCCCAGAAGAGUUAGGGAAAAAGCGAAUCUGCAGGAUCAUCACUAAGGAUUUCCCACAGUACUUUGCAGUAGUUUCACGGAUUAAGCAGGAAAGCAAUCAGAUCGGUCCAGAAGGGGGAAUUCUGAGCAGCACCACUGUGCCCCUGGUCCAAGCUUCUUUCCCAGAGGGUGCUUUAACCAAAAGAAUACGAGUGGGCCUCCAGGCUCAGCCAGUUCCAGAUGAAAUUGUGAAAAAGAUCCUUGGAAACAAAGCAACAUUUAGCCCAAUUGUCACUGUGGAACCAAGAAGAAGGAAAUUCCAUAAACCCAUCACAAUGACCAUUCCGGUGCCCCCACCCUCAGGAGAAGGCGUGUCCAACGGAUACAAGGGGGACACCACACCGAAUCUGCGCCUUCUCUGUAGCAUCACAGGGGGCACCUCACCUGCUCAGUGGGAAGACAUCACAGGAACUACUCCUUUGACGUUUAUAAAGGAUUGUGUAUCUUUUACAACCAAUGUUUCAGCCAGAUUUUGGCUUGCGGACUGCCAUCAAGUUUUAGAAACUGUGGGGUUAGCCACACAACUAUACAGAGAAUUAAUAUGUGUUCCUUAUAUGGCCAAGUUUGUUGUUUUUGCCAAAACGAAUGAUCCUGUAGAAUCCUCCCUGCGAUGUUUCUGCAUGACAGAUGACAAAGUGGACAAAACUUUAGAGCAGCAAGAAAACUUUGAGGAAGUUGCAAGAAGCAAAGAUAUUGAGGUGCUGGAAGGAAAACCUAUUUAUGUUGAUUGUUAUGGAAAUCUGGCUCCACUGACCAAAGGAGGACAACAGCUUGUUUUUAACUUUUAUGCUUUCAAAGAAAAUAGACUGCCAUUUUCCAUCAAGAUUAGAGACACCAGCCAAGAGCCCUGUGGUCGUCUGUCUUUUCUGAAAGAACCAAAGACAACAAAAGGACUGCCUCAAACAGCUGUUUGCAACUUAAAUAUCACUCUGCCAGCACAUAAAAAGGAGACAGAGUCAGAUCAAGAUGAUGAGACCGAGAAAGCAGAUAGAAGACAAAGCUUUGCAUCUUUAGCUUUACGUAAGCGCUACAGCUACUUGAAUGAGCCUGGAAUGAAAACAGUUGAACGGAGUGCAGGAGCAACAAGAUCCCUCCCCACCUCUUACUCAUACAAGCCAUUCUUUUCUACGAGACCUUACCAGUCCUGGACAACAGCUCCGACCACGGUGCCCGGGCCGGCCAAGUCAGGCUUUACUUCCUUAUCAAGUUCUUCCUCUAAUACGCCAUCAGCUUCUCCGUUAAAAUCAAUUUGGUCUGUUUCGACUCCUUCUCCAAUCAAAUCCACGUUAGGGGCGUCAACUACAUCUUCAGUUAAAUCCAUUAGUGACGUGGCAUCUCCAAUUAGAUCCUUUCGGACAAUUUCUUCGCCAAUAAAAACAGUGGUGUCACAAUCUCCAUACAAUGUCCAGGUUUCCUCUGGUACCCUGGUUAGAGCUCCCCCAGUCACGGAGGCCUCGCCUUUGAAAGGGCUGGCAUCCAGUUCUCCAUUUUCCUCUCGAACCUCUCCAGUGACAACAGCAGGGUCUCUUUUGGAGAGGUCAUCAAUUACUAUGACACCCCCUGCCUCCCCCAAAUCAAACAUUAAUAUGUAUUCCUCAAGUUUGCCAUUUAAGUCAAUUAUUACAUCAGCAGCGCCACUAAUAUCUUCGCCUUUAAAGUCAGUGGUGUCUCCGGCUAAAUCAGCGGUUGAUAUCAUUUCAUCAGCUAAAGUGACGAUGGCCUCUUCUCUCUCCUCACCCGUGAAACAGGUGCCUGGACAUGCAGAGGUAGCAUUAGUCAAUGGAUCUAUUUCCCCUCUGAAAUAUCCCUCAUCUUCAACUUUAAUUAAUGGAUGCAAAGCCACUGCCACAUUACAGGAAAAAAUUUCUACAGCCACAAACUCUGUGAGCUCUGUGGUCAAUGCAGCCACCGACACAGUUGAGAAAGUGUUUUCUACCACGACAGCAAUGCCAUUUUCCCCACUCAGGUCAUAUGUUUCUUCAGCACCAUCAGCUUUUCAGUCUCUAAGAACUCCUUCCGCAAGUGCACUCUAUACAUCCCUUGGGUCGUCAAUAUCUGCAACUACCUCAUCCGUAACUUCAUCAAUAAUAACAGUGCCAGUAUACUCUGUAGUCAAUGUUUUGCCAGAACCAGCAUUAAAGAAACUUCCAGACUCUAAUUCACUCGCAAAAUCAGCAGCAGCCUUGCUGUCCCCCAUUAAAACAUUGACUACGGAGACACGUCCCCAGCCCCAUUUCAAUCGAACUUCAUCUCCAGUUAAGUCAUCUCUGUUCCUUGCACCCUCUGCCCUUAAGUUGUCUGCACCAUCUUCUUUAUCUUCCAGUCAGGAGAUUCUGAAAGACGUGGCUGAAAUGAAAGAGGACCUAAUGCGGAUGACUGCAAUACUACAAACAGAUGUGCCUGAGGAGAAGCCAUUCCAACCCGAACUCCCCAGAGAAGGGAGAAUUGACGAUGAAGAACCUUUCAAAAUUGUUGAGAAAGUAAAGGAGGAUUUAGUGAAAGUUAGUGAAAUCCUUAAGAAGGAUGUGUGUGUAGAUAAUAAAGGACCACCCAAAUCACCAAAGAGUGACAAAGGACACUCUCCCGAAGACGACUGGAUAGAAUUUAGUUCAGAAGAAAUAAGAGAAGCCAGACAGCAGGCCACAGCAAGCCAUUCUCCCACUCUGCCCGAGAGAGUGCAAGUGAAAGCAAAAGCUGCCUCUGACAAGGAUUAUAACUUGACCAAAGUUAUUGAUUACCUAACAAAUGAUAUUGGGAGUAGUUCAUUGACAAACUUGAAGUACAAGUUUGAGGACGCAAAGAAAGAUGGUGAAGAGAGACAGAAAAGAAUUUUAAAACCAGCAAUUGCUUUGCAGGAACACAAACUCAAAAUGCCUCCAGCCUCCAUGAGGACUUCCACCUCUGAGAAAGAAUUGUGUAAAAUGGCUGAUUCCUUUUUUGGAACAGAUACGAUCUUAGAGUCUCCAGAUGACUUUUCUCAACACGACCAAGACAAAAGUCCCUUGUCUGACAGUGGCUUUGAAACAAGAAGUGAAAAAACACCUUCGGCCCCGCAGAGCGCUGAAAGCACUGGUCCUAAACCACUUUUUCAUGAAGUCCCCAUCCCUCCUGUCAUUACAGAAACAAGAACUGAAGUGGUUCACGUUAUCAGGAGCUACGAGCCCUCAGCCGGAGAUGCUCCCCAGUCCCAGCCUGAGGAACCCGUGUCACCCAAACCUUCACCGACCUUUAUGGAAUUAGAGCCAAAACCCACUGCUUCUAGUAUUAAAGAAAAAGUUAAAGCAUUUCAAAUGAAAGCCAGUAGUGAAGAAGAGGACCACAGUCGCGUUUUGAGCAAAGGCAUGCGUGUUAAAGAAGAGACUCACAUCACCACCACCACCAGAAUGGUUUAUCAUCCCCCGCCAGGCAGUGAAGGCAGCUCCGAAAGGAUUGAAGAAACCAUGUCCGUCCAUGACAUCAUGAAGGCCUUUCAGUCUGGGCGGGACCCUUCCAAAGAACUGGCAGGUCUGUUUGAGCAUAAGUCGGCAGUGGCCCCAGAUGUUCACAAGUCUGCUGCUGAAGUCUCAGCCCAGCAUGCAGAGAAGGACAACCAAAUGAAACCCAAACUGGAGCGUAUAAUAGAAGUCCACAUCGAAAAAGGUAACCAAGCUGAGCCCACUGAAGUCAUUAUUAGAGAAACCAAAAAGCAUCCAGAAAAGGAGUAUGUAUAUCAGAAAGACUUAUCCCGGGGAGAUAUUAACCUAAAAGAUUUUCUGCCAGAAAAACACGAUGCUUUUCCUUGUUCAGAGGAACAGGGUCAGCAAGAAGAAGAAGAACUAACUGCUGAAGAGUCAUUGCCUUCUUAUCUGGAGUCUUCCAGUAACACUCCUGUGUCCCAGGAAGAAGAUAGUCGCCCUAGUUCUGCUCAACUCAUAUCUGAUGACUCUUAUAAAACAUUGAAGCUUUUGAGUCAACACUCAAUAGAAUACCAUGACGAUGAGUUGUCAGAACUAAGAGGGGAGUCUUACAGGUUUGCUGAGAAAAUGCUUCUGUCAGAAAAGCUAGAUGUAUCUCAUUCUGAUACUGAGGAAUCGGUUACAGACCAUGCAGGACCCCCUAGCUCAGAGUUACAGGGGUCUGAUAAGCGGCCCAGAGAAAAAGUAGUCACUGCCCCCAAAAAAGAAAUUCUCUCCAAAAUCUAUAAAGAUGUGUCUGAAAAUGGUGUAGGUAAAGUGUCUAAAGAUGAGCAUUUUGAUAAAGUGACAGUGUUGCACUACUCUGGCGAUGUUAGUAGUCCAAAACAUGCCAUGUGGAUGCGCUUUACUGAGGACAGAUUAGACAGAGGUAGAGAGAAGUUGAUAUAUGAAGAUAGGGUGGACAGGACCGUGAAGGAAGCUGAAGAAAAACUGACUGAAGUGUCACAGUUUUUUCGUGACAAAACCGAAAAGCUAAAUGAUGAACUGCAGUCCCCAGAGAAAAAGGCACGCCCUAGGAAUGGCAAAGAACACUCUUCACAAAGCUCAACCAGUAGCAGCCCUGAGAAAGUACUGUUGACAGAACUGUUGGCGUCCAACGACGAGUGGGUUAAGUCAAGGCAGCAUGGCCGCGAUGGACAAGGCCUCCCCAGAGCCGAUGAGAGGAAAGCAUCCAGUCUGCCCAGCAGCCCGGAGAAGAAGGUUCUUUCCCAACAGGCUGAGGACAGCAAGUCCACAGAGGAAGCCAAAGGAAGUGUUUCACAGAGCAAAGCGCCAGAUGGGCCCCAGUCUGGGUUUCAGCUCAAACAAUCAAAACUCAGUUCCAUUAGAUUAAAAUUUGAACAAGGCGCACAGGCCAAAAGUAAGGACAUGUCUCAAGAGGACAAAAAGCCAGAUGGCCAAUCCAGAAUCCCAGUUAAAAAAAUCCAGGAGAGCAAGCUACCCGUCUACCAAGUGUUUGCUAGAGAAAAGCAGCAGAAGGCCAUAAACCUCUCAGAUGAAAGUGUGUCUGUGCAAAGAGAUUUUAUGGUAUUAAAAGCUAAAGAUGAGCGUGAGCAAAGCAAUGAAAUUGUUGUAAAUGAUUCUGGCUCUGAUGAGGUGAAAAAACAGAGAACUGAAAUGUCAAGUAAAGCAAUGCCUGACCAUUUUUCUGAGCAACAGGCUAAAGACUUGGCAUGUCAUGUAACCUCAGAGUUAGCAACUAAGGGACCAUGGGACAAAAAGGUCUUUAGAACAUGGGAAAGUUCUGGAGCUGCUAACCAUAAGUCUCAGAAAGAAAAACUUUCGCAUGUACUUGUUCAUGAUGUAAGAGAGAAUCACAUUGGUCACCCUGAGAGUAAAAGUGUUGAUCAGAGGAGUGAAUUUCUGUCUGUGACUGAGAGAGAACACAAAUUGUUAACAAAUGGCUCUCUCUCAGAAAUUAAGGAAAUGACUGUAAAAUCUCCCUCCAAAAAAGUCUUGUAUAGGGAAUAUGUUGUGAAAGAAGGGGACCGUCCUGGCGGAUCCCCCGAGCAGCCCUCCAGGAGCGGGGAGGGCUCGGCCGUGUCGCACAUCCCAGUCAGAGCGGCCGAGGGACGGAGAGUGCCGUCUCCGAAUAUCCCGGAUGGUUCUCGUGAGCAGCCGCCACUUCCAAAACAAGAACUAUCGCAGACGUCACCCCAAGCAAGUCUGAGUAGACAGACAGCUGAGAUACAGCACUUGAAUUCUCAGGAAGAUGAAAAAGUUACCUAUUCGGAAAUCAGCAAAGUUUCCAAGCAUCAGAGUUAUGUAGGCUUAUGCUCGCCUCUCGAUGAAACCGAAACCUCCCCCUCCAAAUCUCCUGAUUCUUUAGACUUUAGCCCAGGAAAGGAAUCUCCCUCUAGUGAAGUGUUUGACCACAGUCCCAUGGAUGGAUUGGAAAAAGUUGCGCCACUAGCGCAGACGGAGGGAGGGAAAGAGAUAAAAACUUUACCUGUUUAUGUCAGCUUUGUACAGGUGGGGAAGCAAUAUGAAAAAGAGAUACAGCAAGGAAGUGUAAAAAAAAUCAUAAGUCAGGAAUGUAAAACAGUACAAGAGACCAGGGGGACCUUUUAUACAACUAGACAGCAAAAGCAACCUCCUUCUCCCCAAGGUAGUCCAGAAGAUGAUACUCUAGAGCAAGUUUCCUUUCUAGACAGCUCUGGGAAAAGCCCUUUAACCCCAGAAACCCCCAGUUCAGAGGAAGUGAGUUAUGAAUUUACAUCUAAGACACCAGACUCACUCAUAGGUUAUAUACCAGGUAAACCCAGCCCCAUUCCCGAAGUUUCUGAGGAGUCGGAGGAGGAAGAGCAAGGCAAGUCGUCCUCCUUAAAGCAGACUGCGGUGGAGGAAACAGCAGUCGCACACGAAAUGCCUACCCAUGUGAGCAAAGACUCUAACCAAAGACCCAAAACUAACAGAGUUGCCUAUAUUGAGUUUCCCCCUCCUCCGCCGCUGGAUGCAGACCAGAUUGAGUCAGAUAAGAACCAUUAUCUCCCUGAAAGAGAGGUUGGCAUGACUGAAGUCAGUCUGCAAGACGAGCAUGACAGGUACCAGCUGGCUGAACCAGUCAUCAGAGUGCAGCCGCCUUCACCCGUUCCUCCUGGGGCAGACGUCAGUGAUUCGAGCGAUGACGAAUCUAUUUAUCAGCCGGUUCCAGUGAAAAAAUAUACCUUCAAGUUAAAGGAAGCAGACAAUGAACAGAAAGAAAUGACAAAAUCCAAAGCUUCGGCUGAAAAGGCUUCCAACCAGAAAGAAUCGGAAACUAAUGGAUCUGGAAAAGAUAAUGAAUUUGGCCUUGGCCUUGAUUCGCCUCAGAAUGAAACUGCCCAGAAUGGGAACAAUGACCAGUCCAUCACCGAGUGUUCCAUCGCUACCACGGCAGAGUUUUCUCAUGAUACAGAUGCCACAGAGAUCGACUCUCUAGAUGGCUAUGACCUGCAAGAUGAAGAUGACGGCUUGACAGAGAGUGAUUCUAAACUCCCAAGUCAAACCAUGGAAAUUAAGAAAGAUGUCUGGAACACAGAUGGCCUUCCCAAGCCAGCUGACCGCUCCUUUAGCCAAAGUAAACUGGAAGUUAUUGAGGAGGAGGGAAGGGUGGGGCUUGAUGAAGACAAACCACCUUCUAAAAGUCCUUCAUUGGAAAAGACUCCUAUUAAGACUGACCAGAAGUCAGGGGCCCAGUUUUUCACAUUAGAAGGCAGACAUCCUGAUAGAUCAGUGUUUCCUGAUACUUACUUCAGUUACAAAGUGGAUGAAGAAUUUGCCACUCCUUUUAAAACAGUAGCAACCAAAGGUCUAGAUUUUGACCCUUGGUCUAGUAACCGAGGGGAUGAUGAAAUUUUUGAUGGUAAAUCACGAGAAGAUGAAACUAAGCCAUUUGGCCUGGCUGUGGAAGACCGCUCUCCAGCAACAACCCCUGAUACAACGCCAGCCAGAACGCCAACUGAUGAAAGUACCCCAACUAGUGAGCCUAACCCCUUCCCAUUUCAUGAAGGAAAAAUGUUUGAGAUGACUCGCAGUGGUGCAAUUGACAUGAGCAAGAGGGAUUUUGUUGAAGAGAGGCUCCAAUUUUUCCAGAUUGGUGAGCAUACUCCUGAAGGGAAGUCAGGGGACCAGGGGGAAGGGGAUCAAAGUAUGGUCACUGCCACACCACAGCCACAGUCAGGGGACACCACUGUAGAAACCAAUCUAGAGAGACAUGUAGAGGCACCUCCAGUCGACCCUAACCCCAGCAUCCCAACCAGCGGAGAGUGUCAGGAAGGCACGCCCAGCUCUGGCUCCCUGGAGAAAGCAGCAGCAGCAGCCACUAACACCUUGAAAGCUGACCCCAAGUCACGCACGCCUAUAAAAAUGGGAAUUUCUGCGUCCACCAUGACCAUGAAGAAAGAAGGCCCUGGAGAAGUCACAGAUAAGAUAGAAGCUGUGAUGACCAGUUGUCAGGGAUUAGAAAAUGAAACUAUAACAGUGAUGUCCAAUUCAGCCGAUAGCCACAUGGGCACUAGGCCCCAGGAAAAACAUGAUUUUCAAAAAGAUAACUUUAAUAACAACAACAAUUUGGAUUCUUCCACUAUACAGACAGAUAACAUUACAAGUAACGUAGUGCUGACAGAACAUGCUGCACCCACUUGUACCACAGAGAAAGCUAAUCCCGUGAAAAGCUCAUCAGGAAAAAAGACAGGGGUGCUGCAGGGACACUGCAUAAGAGAUAAGCAGAAAGUUCUUGGAGAGCAGCAAAAGACAAAGGAAUCGAUAGGGAUUAGGCGCAAAUCCAAACUUCCCAUAAAGGCCACUUCAUCAAAAGCUAUCUUCCCACCAAAUCAUAUGUCAAACAUUAAAGUGAGUAAAAUGAAGCCCAUUAGUCAAUCUGAGAAAACCAAAACCCUCACUUCAUCAUGUAUAGAUGUAAAGUCCAGGAUUCCAGUAAAAAACACACACAGGGAUACCAUAGUUUCAGUUAGAAAGGCAUGCACCCCACAAAAGCAAGGGCAGACAGAGAAAGACAAGGCCAAACAUCUUCCAUCCAAGUUGCCAAUAAAGGUAAGAUCCACCUGUGUCACCACCACCAAUACCACCACCACCACUACCACCACCACUACCACCACCACAGUUAAAGUCAGGAAAAGUCAGCUUAAGGAAGUGUGUAAACAUUCCAUUGAAUAUUUUAAGGGAAUUAGUGGUGAGACCCUAAAGCUUGUGGACCGCCUCUCUGAAGAAGAAAAAAAGAUGCAGUCCGAGUUGUCGGAUGAGGAAGACAGUACCUCAAGAAACGCAUCGUUGUCCGAGAGUUCCCGGGGUGGCCAGCCUUCAGUUACCACGAAGUCUGCUAGAGAUAAGAAAACAGAGGCAGCACCUUUAAAAUCAAAGAGUGAAAAGGCCGGCAGUGAGAAAAGGAGCAGUAGGAGGACUGGUCCACAGAGUCCAUGUGAACGGACAGAUAUCAGGAUGGCAAUAGUAGCCGAUCACCUGGGACUUAGUUGGACAGAACUGGCAAGGGAACUGAAUUUUUCAGUGGAUGAAAUCAAUCAAAUACGUGUGGAAAAUCCAAAUUCUUUAAUUUCUCAAAGCUUCAUGUUAUUAAAAAAAUGGGUUACCAGAGACGGAAAAAAUGCUACAACUGAUGCCUUAACUUCGGUCUUGACAAAAAUUAACCGAAUAGAUAUAGUGACUCUGCUAGAAGGACCAAUAUUUGAUUAUGGAAAUAUUUCAGGCACCAGAAGUUUUGCAGAUGAGAACAAUGUUUUCCAUGACCCUGUCGAUGGUUGGCAGAACGAGACAGGUGGAAACCUAGAGUCCCCAGCUCAAGCUCGAAGAAUAACAGGCGGGUUACUGGACCGACUGGACGACAGCCCAGACCAGUGUAGAGAUUCCAUUACCUCAUAUCUCAAAGGAGAACCUGGAAAAUUUGAAGCAAAUGGAAACCAUGCAGAAGUCACUACGGAAGCAAAGACGAAAUCCUACUUUCCAGAAUCCCAAAACGAUGUAGGGAAACAGAGUACUAAGGAAACACUGAAACCAAAAAUACACGGAUACGGUCGUAUUGAGGAACCAGCAUCAUCACUAGCAGCAUAUCAGAAAUCUCUAGAAGAAACCAGCAAGUUUGUCAUAGAAGAGCCUAAACCCUGUGUGCCUGUCAGUAUGAAAAAGAUGAGUAGGACUUCUCCUGCAGAUGGCAAGCCCAGGCUCAACCUCCACGAAGAAGAGGGGUCCAGUGGGUCUGAGCAGAAGCAGGGAGAAGGUUCCAAGAUGAAGACAAAGAAAGAAAUCCGGCAUGUGGAGAAGAAGAGCCACUCAUAACAGUAAACGGAUCAUGUGUUUUUACUGCCAGUAUUGAGAAAUUCAUGGAAGACACAUCAGCAGGAAGUAGAAAUUCACAGAGAAGGGUGUGUGUGUUUGCCGCUUCCACACAUUAAUGGCAUGAUUUUUUUUCCACAAAAAGAAAAAAGAAGAAAAAGAAAACCACCCACAUUUUAAUUUAGCAUGAGCCAAUUUACAGAGCAUGGAAAUCCACUUUCAUUCCCGGGACUGGCCCGUGUGCAAUUAGCAAUGCAGUGUAUAUACAAGAAGCCAUGCCAUUACAGUGUAUCUCCAGUGCUUUGGUGUCACUCACACAAGGAAGAAAGUCCUGCCUCCAGAAGAGACAGAAGCAGACAGACUGAUGAGGUCACAGAGAAACACUAAAAUUACUAAAUCCACAACAGCUCGCCUUAUUUUUCUUGGACCCAAACUGUCAGGGUAUAAACACUAUUUGUUUCUUUUUUAAAACAUCUAUAGUUUUGCUGUAAAUAAUAACACUGUAUAAAUUCUAACAGAAAAAUAGAAUAAAUGUUGAUAAGGCACUGCCUCUUAGAAUAUUGCAAAUGCAUUUAACAUAAUAGAGGUCUUGAGCGACUUCACCCUAGCAGAGGACGGACACGUUCUGGGGGGUGGGGGGACCUUCACUGAUUCUUGUAUAUUAGCAAUUAUAAUGUUUGUAUAUGCAAAACUGCUAGCUUGAUUUUAAAAAAAGCAAAUCUUUAAAAUCUGCUGCAAAUUUAAAUAAUUCCCCAAGUGAGGAAUUCUGUAGUUCUGUGAAAAAAAUUUUUUCUUCAGAAUACUAAUAUUUUGAUGCAUGUGUAUCACCUUAUUUUGAUUAAACCUUUUCCAAUUUUGCAAACACUACAGCAUACUGCAACACAGAAGAUUUUAUCUGUAAACACAAAGCCCUUCAUCCAAUAUUUGUUGCUAUUGCCAAUUUUCCAAUGAAAUGACCUAAAAAUGAAAAAAAAAAAAACCCUAUACAGUAGUUGCUUUAGGGGGAGGGGGGGUGCUCUCUGUUAGUGCUUCAAAGGGGGUAAUGCUUGCCGCUGUAGAGGUGGAUGGUGCUCAUAAGAGGCCCCAUCGGGGGUGUUUAAAAUGGACUAAACAGAAACCCUUAGCUAGUAGAAUGGCAGCACGCUGUAAAAUUAUUACUGUAUCGUGUACUGGCUAUAAGAUGUAGACACCUUUCAGUAAGCCAAUCGUUUGUAACCAUUCUAGCAGUGUCAUAUUAGGUUAAUAAGGCUGCUGUGUUUUAAAGGGCAUUUUUAUUUGGGUUUUGGUGAAAUUCUUUAAUUUGUUGAUUAUAUUCAUAUAAAAUCAGCAUUCAUUGACACAUCGCUCUAAUGACAUAUGUAUGAAAAACCAUACACUGGAUGACCUAGUCAAUUAUUUAAGCAUAAAAUAAAUUGUGUUAAACUCUUCAC